ACAUGAAAGGAAGUCUCUCUCUUCAAAACCGGCAAGUGACAAAAGAGUAAGGAGGAUCUGAAGGAAUAGGAAUUAUAAUUACUCCCAAAGUCCUUUGCCGCUAAGGAUGGAUUACCUUACCAGUUUUGGCGGAUACACUUCCGACCUCUGAUGUGUAAUAUAACACGACACACCCACAGACAUCAUUCUCGGAUCAAAAACGUUAAAAAAAAAAAAAAUGGAUUUUCACAGAAAAACAGCUGAAGCUCGCAGGGCAGACUCUGUGCUAGAAGGUGAAGGCUCUUCCGUGCAGAAAAUCCUUUCAAGGCGGCCGUCGAUGGGCAACUCUAACCACUAUGACCAGUAUCGCAGCCCUGGUCAAGUCCCAUUUGAAUGGGAAUUGCAGCCUGGAAAAUGCAAAGUCGACCCACCCAUCAACGUCCCAAGAAUCAAGCCCCCUCCAAUCUCGGCCUCCUCGAGUAUGGAAUUGCCAUCGAUGCCGAAACAUAAUGGUGGCAUCAAAGAGGCGUCUUCGAGAUGGUUAAAGAAGAAGCUUUGGAGGAUGAUCAUGAACAAGUUGCCCCGGUUGGUGAUGUCCAGAUCCAAGAAUCAAGCAAGGGGCUCAGAAGCUACGAGUGAAGAGUCUUGGAAAGAGAAUCAUCAACCGAGUUGCGUGGGGCACGUGUUAGCAACCAAUAGAAGGAUCGAAGCUUUAAAAGAAAAGUCCCCUUCUUUUCCCAAAAUUUUCAGACGGAAGGCUAUUGGAGAUGAAGGAAAGUAAUGGCCGGUGAUAGAAGCGAAUAAAAGCCAAAUGGAGACAGCUCGUGACCUGGGAUGAGGGUGAUGAUGGUGGUGAGGCGACGGCUGAGGUUGGACGGCGCCAAGAACCGGACAGCCAUCUUGUCCUGAUCACGUGACUUGAGAUAAUGGACACUUGGUCCAGGAUAUUCAUAUCCAUAUAUAUAUAUUUACCAAACGCAGCAUUCGGCGGAAAUUUAGAGGAUUU